AUGCGGGUGCGCUUCGGGGUGGUGGUGCCGCCCGCGGUGGCCGGCGCGAGCCCCGAGCUGCUGGUCGUGGGGUCGCGGCCCGAGCUGGGGCGCUGGGAGCCGCAGGGCGCCGUGCGUCUCCGGCCGGCGGGCUCGGCGGCAGGCCCCGGGUCGCUGGCGCUGCAGGAGCCCGGCCUGUGGCUCGGGGAGGUGGAGCUGGAGGAGGAGGAGGCGGCGGCGGCGGCGCAGGACGGGGCGGAGCCGGGCCGCGUGGACACGUUCUGGUACAAGUUCCUGCAGCGCGAGCCCGGAGGAGAGCUGCGCUGGGAAGGCAGUGGGCCUCACCACGACCGUUGCUGUGCGUAUGACGAAAACAACUUGGUGGACGGUGUUUAUUGUCUCCCAAUUGGACACUGGAUUGAGGCCACUGGGCACACCAACGAAAUGAAGCACACGACAGACUUCUAUUUUAAUAUUGCAGGCCACCACGCCAUGCAUUAUUCAAGAAUCCUACCAAAUAUCUGGCUGGGUAGCUGUCCUCGCCAACUGGAGCAUGUGACCAUUAAACUGAAGCAUGAAUUGGGAAUUACAGCUGUCAUGAAUUUCCAGACUGAAUGGGAUAUCAUCCAGAAUUCUUCAGGCUGUAACCGCUACCCAGAGCCCAUGACUCCAGACACUAUGAUGAAAUUGUACAAGGAAGAAGGCUUGGUCUACAUCUGGAUGCCCACACCAGACAUGAGCACCGAGGGCCGAGUGCAGAUGCUGCCCCAGGCUGUGUGUCUCCUGCACGCGCUUCUGGAGAACGGACACACGGUGUACGUGCACUGCAACGCGGGCGUGGGCCGCUCCACGGCCGCCGUGUGCGGAUGGCUCCACUACGUGAUGGGCUGGAAUCUGCGGAAGGUGCAGUAUUUCCUCGUGGCCAAGAGGCCGGCCGUGUACAUUGAUGAAGAUGCCCUGGCCAGGGCACAAGAGGACUUCUUCCAGAAAUUCGGGAAGGUUCGUUCUUCCAUGUGCAACUUCCCAGCCUGCCUCCCUUCCUCCCAACUGCCUUAAGGAGCUUUAGGGUGAAGUUAGUGUUUGUGAUGUGGAGACAGAGACUAGCCCCCCUUCCCCCCAACUGAACUCAAGGCCCAUGUUUCUGCUGUGGAUGGCUUGCUAUUAUGCUUUGGUUGGACUGGGUCCUGGAAAGGUUUUACCAAAGAACCAGUGAGUAUCACAUGAGGAAAAAGUCACAGGUGCAUGGUGAAGUGACCUUCUAGAGUCAGGCAGAGCAGACAAGGUGUGAGGUGCGGUGGCCGACAGGGGAGAGCCUUUGCCUACAGAUGCUGCACGGGGCGACGGAUGGAUUUAUGGAAGCACGUCCCUGUCCCAUAGUGACUCUGGCUUGUACAAGAAGAGAGUGGCCUGGCUCUGUGGGUUUCAUCAGUAGAAUGAGUGUAUGAGGGCACGCACACACACACACACACACACACACACACACACACACAGUGCUUUUUAGAACUGAAAUGAUGUUCAUUUGCCAAAGGAAGGAAAGAAUGUAGAAUCCUGAACUAUGACACAGGAAGAGAGCCCAGCACGGACAAACAAACAAAACCAGUGGCUUUCUAUAAUUAUGUUUUUUCCCCCAUCCUGUUUCAUAAGUGCAAAAGCCUCCUCUUACUCUCCUGGUACACCAGCCUCUCCAUGUCCCUCCCCAUGUCAGCGCUCUAUGUUUUCUUUGUCAACACCUCUUCUCCUCUCUCCUGCCCUUCUCUCCAUUCCUUUCCAAGACGAGGUCUUACUCUGUAGGCCUGCCAGCCUGGGUCUCGUGGCAUGCCUCCUGCCUCAGGCUCCUGAGCGCUAGGAUUUUAGGCCUGGGCCAUUAUGCCCAGCAGCUCUGUUUAUUUAUUUAUUUAUUUUUCAUGGAAUCAUGACGUGUGUAUUUCCUCAGUGCUGAUCCCAAUGCAGUUUGUUGUUUUCCAGCAGAGCAUCAUGGGUACAGUUUAGUCCCCCCCCCUGCACAAGGUCAGCACUGUAGCCACUUCUGUGAAAAAUGGAACAGUGUUCCUUGGUCAGUGGCCAGAGAAUUUAAGAAAGCAGUUCUAUUUUGUACGGCCCAAUUUAAAACCAUGGUGGGGAGCUCAAGGUCAGUGUGGCCUGCAGCGUAGCUCAUGAGAGGAAGUUGUUGCAGAGGAAUCCAGGACGCCCGCAUCCCCUGACCACUGUGGUCUGAUGCUGGCUGCACCUUCAGUUUCAUAUAGUGCACAGUUUUAUUCCUCCUGAAUAUGCACUUCACUCCAUUAGUUCCAUCGGAGAGACAAAGAUGAGCUAGAGUUUGCCUCCCGAGUACACAGCAUAGGAACAGCCCUUGUGUUCAACCCUCUGCAAUGCAGGACUGGGCAGUGACUGACCUCUUAGGACCCAGCAAGGGGAGGAAUCUUUUGUGGAGUGUCUCUUUGUGCCGGGUGCCUCGCCACCUCCACUUCUGUCUUCACGGCACCCUGCGGUGAAGGGAAGUUGAAACUCAGAGGGGUUCCAAGUGCCCAGUGUCAUCGUCAGGGGCUGAGUCCGUGAAAUGAUAUGCAAAGCUCGACUUGCCUCUCUCUCUCUCUCUCUCUCUCAAAGCCCGUGCUUUAAAAAGCUAAGUUACGGGGGCUGGGGAGAUGGCUUAGCAGUCAAGGUGGUUGCCUGCAAACCCCUAAGGACCCAAGUUCGACUCUCCAGAUCCAGCCAGACACAUGAGAUGACGCAAGUGCAAGGUCACACAU